AUGCCUACCGACAGGGUUCCCCUAGACAUCGUCGUCCGCUUCUCGACAUCAACUCCAGAUGUCAUCCUCAAUGUCCCGCACCCGUCCACAACAAGCGUCGUAUCGCUAAAGCUACGCAUCCGCUCCCAGCUCUCAGCACCAGCUUCUGAAAGCCGGCUGCGACUCAUCCAUGCCGGAAAGGUACUGGUAGAUGCUUCGGCACUCUCGCAGAGUCUUCAUGGCUCUGCCCCACCACCGAUAGCUCGUAGCGAUGAGGAGGAGAGGAGCAAGAGCGAGAAAGCGAAGGGCAAGCAACCUCAACGCGAUCAAGCACAGGAGAAGAAAGCAGUAGCAGUACGGGUCUAUGUACAUUGCGCUAUUGGUGAUUUCCUUCCAGUGACCGACCUUGCGAUCGAGGCGAGACAAGCGCAAGAAGCGGACGAGGCAUUACGGUCCCAAUCUCCUACUGCUAAUACGACCACGACAAGCACAGAGGAAAAGGAUGCAUCAACCACCACUCCUGCGCCCAGGGGUUUCGACCGCCUGCUCACAGCCGGCUUCACGGCACCGGAGAUCGCUACCCUUCGGACACAAUUCCUAGCCAUACAGGCACAUACCCACACCCCGGAUACCAUGCCCUCUGGCCCCGCGCUGCUAGCUCUCGAGGAAGAAUGGCUAGAUAAUGGAUCCAAUGCCGCUGCCGCACCUGGCGAAGCUGGUGGCUUUGAGGGCGAAGAUGCGGGCGGUCUGGAUGAUAUGUUGGGGUUUGGACUAGGCGGAGACAGGUUGCUGUUUUGA